GCUCACUUGAAUGCAAAUGCUGUAGCCAGCAAGAGGUCGAUCUCGAGCCUGAAUCGCCGUGUCGUGUCGGUGUCGCGGGUGUGUGUGCGCGAUUUUCUUUCUUUUUUUCGAGUGUGCAGGGCGCGACGAAUGCAAACGCGAGUUUUUUGUUCCUCGAUUAAUAAUUAGCGGAGUUUUUUCCUGGAGAAGUGCUUUCUUGUGAAGGAAAGUGGAUUUUCCUAUGAGCCUUUCUACGUUUGGGAAAGUUCAAUUUUGUUAAAAAGUUCCGAACGAGACCGGAAAUACUCCGAGAACCACAGCACAGAAUGAAAAUUUGGACGUCAGAACACGUAUUCAACCACCCGUGGGAAACGGUGGCCCAGGCCGCCUGGCGCAAGUACCCUAACCCGAUCAAUACCGCAGUCAUUGGGACCGAUGUCGUCGAACGGCGGGUCGUGGACGGCAUCCUGCACACGCACCGGCUGGUCAGCUCCAAAUGGUACUUCCCGCAGUGGGCCCAGAAGCUGAUCGGUUCCCCCAAUGUGUGCUAUGCCAGCGAACAAUCCACCGUGGAUCCCUCGAAACGAACGAUGACGCUGAAAACGAUCAACCUAACCUUUGGUAGUUUCCUGUCGGUCUAUGAAACCCUCAGCUACGUUCCACAUCCGACGGAUCCGAGCAAAACGCUGCUCCGACAGGAAGCCACGGUACAGGUCGAAGGCGUUCCACUGAACCGGUACAUGGAAGACGUUCUCACCAAAAACAUCAGCACCAAUGCCGGCAAGGGUCGCCAGGGGCUGGAAUGGGUGAUAGGGAAGCUAAACUCGGAGGUAAAAGAGUUGGCAACGACGGCCGCAACCAGCACAAACGAGAUCCUCACACAGACGAAGAAAUCGCUGGACGAUAUCACAGACCAGGCCCGGAAAAGUAUGGACGAGCUGAGUGCGACGGCGCAAAAGAUUCACAUAUAGUAACAAGCGCUGCACGGCGUCGCCCAGCACCAGCAACAACAACAACAACACCCCAAUCGCUUCUACAACCGCUGCUACUGCUUCCUCACCCGCAGUCGAAACUACUACAGCUAUCACAACAUCUACAAAUACUACUACUUCGGCUGCUAGUGCCAGCAUCGUUGGUGGCACAUCCGGAUCAAAGCCCCUGCCACCAAAAACAACGGCUAAAGGCUGUGAGCAUCAGGAAACGGGUCGAGGAUGGUUUUCAUCCGGUUUGGCCUCGUUUAGAGCUAGAAAUAAUGCCAGCAAUAUCGAAAACAACCAAUCAACCAUAACAUCUUCGGAUGCUGUAAAUUCUGAAAACACUACAACAAGAGAAGCACCAAGCCCUUUCGCAGCUCAAUCAUCUCAAUCAUCACAAGCAUCGACUUCUACGAAAGCUAACACGUCGACCACAACUAGGGCCAGUAGUACAACUCCGCCACCCACUUCACCAUCCUGAUUUUGGGCCACAACUGUCGGUAAAUUCUCCCUUUCGUUCUAUUACGCUUCUCCAAACUACGCUGUCAAGGAAAUUCUCCCCUUCCGAGGUACAAGGACAAAUCUUCUAUCUUUAUUUAUUCUGUAAUUUAUUUUAAAAAUUGCAAUAAUUGUACAAACACUACUCUCUAUAUUUGUCUAUUCCGAGUUACACUCGCAAUUUAUUUCCCGAAACACUUCAUAAUACUAAAUGCACAACUUUACGAUGCAUUCUUGAAAGCGAAAACUAAAAUAUUAACAAAGAAAAUGACGCCGGGCGCUAUAAACAAUAAUUAAGCAAAAAACCUCGACAAAGACAACAACUGAAGUUGUUCCACAACCAACCAAACUUCGUCUAUCAACUGUAAUUUCGUGUGUUUUGUCGCUAUGAAAUGAUAGGUAGUGUAAUUGAAAUUAUUAUAACCUUUAUGAUUAAUCCAAGUGAACCGAGCAAGUGAUUAUACAUAGCAUUAAACGUAUUUUAGAAGCUAUUUAGUAUUACGCUAGAUUUGGUCUCUUGCGUAAGCCUUCGGGGCAGAAGGUUUACGGUCGCUUGGAACGAGAGAAUAUCUACAGAGAUGUCGUGCAAAGCGAAGAACAAAGUGAAAUGAAUAAUUAUCAAUAGAAGAAAAAAAAUCAAUGGGAGGCGUGACUGUUACGUAAUAGUAUAGAGAUAAACACAUUCCCUUGAAGAAGUAAAACAAAAAGGACAUAAUGGAGGAGAAAAAUCAGAAGCAAGAAGGAAGAAAGGUAAAGCCUUUUCGAAUUUGAUGGCGAUGCCUAAAGAUUUUGUAAACAUAUUAAAGUAAUUAGGUUCAUUUUUGCGAAAUUUUGUAUAAUAGAAUAUCCAAUUUUGUUGCUUAUAAUUUCCUGAUUGGAAUUAACACACCUGCUUGAAAAAAAGUUGAAA